AUGGUUUCCACCUCCACCACCACUUGUCAAAUCAAGCUGAAAUGGCACACUUUUUUCAUGUGGAUCAAAUCAUCAUCAUCAUCAGCACAACGUAAACGAUCUACGACAAAAAACAACACUCAAUGUUGCGGCUUUUGUGGGCAUCACAGCAACAAUCAACAACCACCACCAGUGAUCGACGAUGAAGCUUGGAAACCAACCCCACGACGUGGAAGCAAGAGCUCCAAUACAAGUGACGCUAGUGCUGGCACUGCGUCAACAUCCUGGUCAACAUCUAGCAAGCCUAUCAUGUCAUUAUUGUUUCGGAGACGAGCUUCGGCCUCUGCUCCGGAAAUGGAAGAGAUCGAUCGUGAGCGGGAGCGAAUUGAAGAGAUGUAUGCAUUAGCCAUGGACGAGCUUAAUUUUGCGGAGGAUUCUCAAGGGUCACCAUACUAUGAAGGUGAUCGCAUCACGGCGCAUGAAGCCAUUGAUAACUGUACAGCCACUUUUAUGCAGCUUUUAAAACACAUCUCCGAUCAUCAACAGAGGAGCCAGCUGCAACAGGAUAUCACGCCAAGGCUUAUUCAUUUACAAGAGCGUUAUAACGCCCUUCCCCCAACAACAGCAUCCACAACCACCUUUUGA